AUGGCUACCCCUAGUGUUCUCACCUUUGAUGCUGAGGGUCGGGCUGUCGACUUUGAGGUCUUGGUCGAUGAUCUGCAGCUUUUCCUCCAGUGCGAUAGAAAAGAUGGUCUCUCACUGUUUGAUCUCACAUCUGGCGCCUCUGUUGCCCCUGCUGCCGAUGCUGACAUCACCCGACUCCUUGACUCCCUCCGCUCGGUCAGGGACCACUUCCUCUCUGUUUGCCCCACCACUCUCACCGUUGACCUCCUCGAGGAGCGCCUCUUGGCAGCUGAGAAGAGUAUUGUCGCUGUAGGAGCCUCUCCUGGUGACCCUCGUACCCCCUUCUUUGAGGGGUGCUCCCCCUCCCCCCUUUUGCCCUCUGUUGCCUCUCGUGCUGCGCUCGACCUCGUUGGCACCGAGUCGCGCCAGCAGCAACAGCGCACUCGUGAGACCCCGCCCCCUCAGCAGCUUCGUGAGUGGUACGCUGCGCGUCAGCGGGGUGGGGGUGCUGGUCCCUAUGCCUACGUCCUGCGUACCGGCGACCGCACUAGUGAGCCGUGCGGUGGCCCGCACACCACCCAGCGCUGCUUCGGCCGCCUCACAGACGCCUUGCGUCACCAGUUCCCUGGCGCCACUGAGAUCCCUCGCUGGGGCGAGCUGCUUAGGUCGGGGGUUGCUAUCUUUGAUCUUGAUUAUGAUGCUAUUCUUGCUGCCAUGUAUGUUGUGUCUACUAGUGAUGAGGGUGACUGUUACCUGUGUGUUCCGCCUGACGCGGGCAUUGAGGCUGCUGCUCCAGGUGCUGGUGAGGCUACUGCUCUAGGUGCUAGUGUGUCUGCUGCCCCAGGUGCUGGUGAGUCUGCUCUCACAGGUACCACGUCGGCUCAAGCCUUCUACACCUUCACCCUUGACUUGGGUGCUUCCCGCUCCUUCUUUCGAGACCGCACCACACUCACGCCGCUUAGUCGGCCGGUUGCGGUCUGCGUGGAAGACCCUUCUGGGGGUCCUGUCCUUGCCCACUUCUCCACUGUCUUAGCAUGUCCGGCGGCCCCUUCUAGCACCCUGUCAAGUCUUUCCUCCCCUCGUUCUCUAUGA